AUGAUGAUGAUGAUGGAGGUCCAAGACCUGGCUGAACUCUGCUUCCCACAGCUGCUCAACGGGUCCUGCAGGAAACCGGCUCUUCCCUGGACCAAAGCUGUGCUCCUCAACAUCCUCCUGUCCUUCAUCUCUGUGAUGACUGUGUCUCUAAACCUGCUCGUCAUCAUCUCAGUCUCCCACUUCAGGCAGCUCCACACUCCCACCAACAUCCUCCUCCUCUCUCUGGCAGUGUCAGACUUUCUGGUGGGUCUCUUGUUGAUGCCUGGAGAAAUCCUUAGAAACACAGCGUGCUGGUUUCUUGGAGAUGCCAUUUGUGCUCUGUAUAGUUACCUGGUCUGCCAAAUUGUCUCUGCCUCAAUUGGAAACAUAAUUCUCAUUUCAGCCGAUCGUUAUGAAGCCAUUUGUCACCCUCUGCAUUACUCCACCAGAAUCACUGUAGGGAGAAUCAAGUUCUCUGCUUGUCUGUGUUGGCUCGGUGCUGCUCUCUACAGCAUAAUCUAUGUCAAGGACGAGCUGAUUGAACCAGGCAGGACUAAUUCCUGCACAGGAGAGUGCACGUUUGCCAUUAGUUACAUUACAGGAAUUGUUGAUUUGGUUUUGAAUUUUGUUUUUACUGUAACAGUCAUUGUGGUUCUGUACAUGCGAGUGUUUGUGGUGGCAGUGUCUCAGGCUCGAGCCAUGCACUUUCAUGUCACAGCAGCUUCAAUGCAGCAUUCAGCAAACUCUAAAGCAAAGAGAUCUGAGCUGAAAGCUGCCAAGACUCUUGGCGUUCUUGUCUUUGUUUACCUCCUGUGCUUCUGCCCCUAUUACGGUUACUCGCUUGUGGAAGUGAACGUGACCAGUACCACAUAUGCAUCUUUUUUAAUUUUUAUUUUUUAUCUCAACUCCUGUCUAAACCCUAUCAUCUAUGCCUUAUUUUACCCCUGGUUCAGAAAGGCAAUUAAACUCAUCGUCACUCUGCGGAUUCUGCAGCCGAGCUCCUGUGACGCAAACAUGCUGUAGAGGGACUCGGCAAAUCCCUCACGGACAAGAAAAAGACAAUGGUGAAAAGGUUAAGCUAUUCAAUUCUAUAUCAAAUAUUUGAGAAAAUAAUUACAUUAAAAAGAUAAAUCUUCCUGGUCUUCUUGCAACACAUUUGUCUUUAAAAAAAUAAUAGGUCACUUAGUUGUAGAAGUUUAAGAAGUUUAA